AUGAAUAACGAAGACAGUAAACGAGAAUUGACUGAUCAAGAACUUGAUGCACUUAAAGCCAGUUCAUAUAUGACCGAAGAAGAAAUCCGUGAAUGUUAUGAACAUUUCGUAAAUUCAGAUGAUGGCGAUGGCAAAUUGACAAAGGACGAAUUUCAUAAUUUUGCUAAAAAAGUAUUCAAAAAUAAAAACGUCGAUCGAGUUAAAACUGACGAAAUAUUUGGCACAUUCGAUACAAACAAUGAUGGGAUGGUAACUUUCNUUUGUCUCGUUCCCCCCCCCUUGUCUCCUUCCUUUUACUCUCACUAUAGUAUCCUAUUUCAUGGUGUUGCACGUUUGAAAAUCAGCUCUGUCCAAGAUCUUCAAGUUUAUUGA